CAAUGUUGGUCGUGGCAGAAAUCGAAUUUACAAACAUAUCUAAGUCAGUAAGUGUAUGUUCUUACCCAAAUCCAUCUAUAGGCUUGCAAAGCUUUUAGUGUCUCGUGUAUUAUUCUGUAAACUCAUGUAAUAGCAAAAUUGUAAAUGAGAUAUAUUGUUGCUCUUCUUUUCUACACCUCACAAUGUUUUUUUAUUAAGACCAUUCGUCAAAAACAUUUAUUUUCUUUUUCUUUUAAUAAUCUUCACGAUGAGUCUUAAAGGCAGAGUAACCUCAAUAUCAUCUCACAAUCUUCACCAUUCCGAAGAGAGAGUCCCUCUCCGAUCAGAUUUAGACCAGUCAUGUCUCAAUUCAAGCCCCGAGUUCGAUUUUUGCGUACGACAGAAUUCAAAACAACGGUUUUCUCACGCAAACGAGCUCUUCUCAGACUGAAAAAGCCUCUCUCACUCGGCCACCGACAUGAUUUCUAAGAAGACCGAUGUUACUUCUCCGAGAAGCAAUCUCCCAACCCUAGCCGUGAAAUCCGACGCAAGAGGUUCUGACUCAGAAGGUGAUGAUCCAAGUUUUGGGUGUGGGUUUUGGCUUGUCCGACAAAACUUAGAACAAGAGCUAUAUCUAUAAAUGAAGUAGAUUAAAAAAAAUUAUCAUCAGCAUCAUGCAGAAACAAGUGAUAAAAUCAUCGGAAAAAUGAAUUGACACUAUACCAAAAAAUAAAAACUUAUAAAUGAAUUGCUAAAAAUCAAAGACAUAUACCAAACUUUAACCGAACAUUUGAAAAUAAACACACCCCUUCAUUUAAUUGUCCCCUAUACAUAAAAUCUCACACAUACAAUAGAGUCUUCAUAUCCCAUCUAUUUGUUCAAUCCCCUCCAAAAGAUUCUAACGAUGCCAGAAAAUGGUAGUGACAGUCCAAGAAUCUCAUUUUCUAACGAUUUUUGCCAUUCUGAUUCCAUACCAAUCGAGCAGCGUCCGGUACAAAAUCCGUUGGACUUCUCCAACUUUUACUGGGGCUUCCCUUUCGAGUUCUCGGUUUCUCGCGACGUAAUCUCCGGCGAGAGCUCGUGGUCCGCCGAAGACUUCUUUAACGAAGGCAAAAUCCUCCCUACAGAAAUGAAAAAGAUUACGGAGCCAAUAUAUCGUAGUAAAUCCGAUAAAUAUAAAACCGGCUUACCUAGACCGGAUAUUAACCCAAUCGAAGAUUUUGAAAUAGAAGAAAUCGGAGACCAAGAAGACGAGGUGAAGUUGCCAUUACUUGGGUGUAACUCAACCGAUUCGAACUCUAUGAAGCGUCAGGUUUCGUCUUCGUCUUCUUCUUUAAACAGUAGUUUUAUAAAACCGGCAAUGAAGAAGAACCACAUGCAUGUUGGAGGUUACAGUUACAAAGGCAAUGGAGGUGUGGUUAGGGUGAGUUCGUUUCUGGACAUGGUUCCUUCGGGGAAUUUGUUUGGGUUAGGUUCGAUAAAUCUUGAUGGUGGAAAAAACAAGAACAAGUUGAGAUCAAUGUUCUUUUAUUAAUAAGAAUCAUGAGACUUGUUGUGGAGUUCAGUGAUGUAAUGUUUUAUUCUCUACUCUUCUAUUCCUUAA